AUGUUACUUAUUACUAGUAUUCUAUUGGCAGUGUUAUUCUUUGUUAUUAUCGCUUAUUUAUUCUAUAUUCAACAAGCAUAUGAAUUUUUUAAAAAUCUCAAUAUUCCUGGUCCCCCACCAAUACUUUUUUUCGGCAACUUUCUAGAGGUUAUCAAAACUAGACGAUUAUCUUUAACUAUUAAAAAUUGGACAGAAACAUAUGGUCGUAUUUUUGGUUACUUCGAAGGACAUACACCAAUUUUAGUUAUAUCUGAUCCUGAUAUAUUACAAGAUGUAUUUAUUAAAUCAUUUUCAAAUUUUCAUUCACGCCGUACUUUUCCACUUCAAGAUCCAAAAUCCAAAGACGUACAUCUUUUCAGUGCUACCAGUCUUCGCUGGAAACGACAUCGCUUCAUUAUAAAUCCAAUUUUUUCGUCUGCAAAACUCAAACAAAUGACACCACUCAUUCAUCGAAGUGUUCUUACGUUCAUGAAAAAAAUGUCUGAAGAAUCUAAUAAAGGUCAACCAUUUGAUAUCUAUGCAUAUUAUAAACGAUUUACCAUGGAUACUAUAUGGUCAUGUGGCUUUGGACUUGAUACAAAUAUGCAAAAUAAUAUUAAUGAUCCAUAUUUAAUUUACUCUCAACAAAUGUUCGGUGAAAAUCGUAAUAUUAGGCUUAUUAUGUUAUUAAAUAUGUUUAUUACUGAACUUAAUCAACUUUGGAGAGCUAUCUAUAUACAUGGUGGUAAUAUACGUUAUUGGCUUCGGUAUUAUAUUCCGAUAGCAAAAAAAUUUAUUCAAGAAAAUCCCUCUACAUGGAUUCUGCAAGAAGCACGUCAAUUCAUUAAUACUCGUGAAAAAUUUGUAAUUGCUGGUUAUGAAACAACAAGCACAGCACUUAGUUAUAUUUCUUAUGUUCUUGCAACUCAUCCAAAUGAACAACAAAAAUUACAAGAUGAGAUCGAUGCUAAUUUCAUUUCUAAAACAGAAGAUGAUAUGCCAUCUUAUGAUACAGUAUCACAAAUGGAAUAUUUAGAUAUGUUUAUUCGAGAAACACUUCGUAUGUAUCCGAUAUUACCGAUGGUAAUCAAUCGUCAAAGUUCAGAAGAUUGUCAUAUCAAAGGUAUUGGUACGAUUCCAGCUGGUACACGGAUUGCUAUUGAUAUGUAUCGUUUACAUUAUGAUCCUGAUUUGUGGGGUCCUAUUGAUCCGCAAAUAUUUUAUCCUGAACGAUUUGCUACAAAACGACAUGCAAUGGCAUGGAUUCCAUUUGGAGCUGGACCAAGAAAUUGUGUUGGAAUGCGUUUUGCUUUGAUUGAGAUAAAAAUACUUCUUGUUCGUCUUCUCAAAACAUACUCUUUUAUUCAAUGUGGAAAUAAAACGCAUCAACCAUUCAAACAACUGAAAGAAGGUUUUGUCAUAGCACCAAAAGAACUUAUUGUUCAAUUACAACACAGAUAUAAUGAUGAAUAA